AUGUCUCAGGGCGACGGUGGUAUUUGUGCGGCAUGUAAUCAGGCUAUCACCAGAAGACAUUACUCAAUUCUUUGCUUUUUAUGUGAUAAAUGGAAUCACAAUAAAUGCGUCGAUCUAUCGGUUCCUCAAUUAAAAUUUUAUGAGAGCGAACUUAAAAAACCUGAUGGUGAUCGCUGGAGUUGUCUAUCUUGCCUAAGAGAAACCGUACAGAAAUCCCAGACGGCUCGUAAAUCGAUAGGUGGGGUGCAGAAUAAAUCAGGUAUCCCUCCUGUAUCCUCUGCUUCUAUGACUCUGGAGGACAUUAUGCAUAACCUCAACUGCAUGGAAUUGGCUAACAAGGACCUACUUGAUAUGUAUAAUAAGCAAUUGGAAGUGAACAACCUUCUCUGCUCAGAGAUGGAUAACCUAAGUUCUAGACUUACCACUGCUGAGACUGCAUUGAGGGAUCUAAAUCGUAAUCCCCCUAUGGAAGCAAAUAAUCUAAACAUUGCCAGAAACAUCGAAGAUAGAGCUAAUUGUCCCAACUCAGUCACAGAUAAUCACACAGGCAAAAAAUGUUUCGUAAAUUUUGAUGAAGAACAGCAUAAAAUACAAACCUCUUCAAUGGUAAAGGAAUUAGCUUCAACUACUGAAAAUAAUGAAGGGUUAGUUCCUGAUUUAGAGGAUGAUCAGAGUAUAAACUCAGAUACAGAUUCUAGAAGCUCUUCAAAAAAUCCUUAUUCUUCAGAUGAUUCAAUAAGGGAUCCGGAUUACGAAAGUUCUUCAAGCAGUUCUAGCAGCGAUAGUGAAUCUGAAAAUAAUAAUGUAGGUCCUGGUAAUAUGCACAAUUUGGAAGAUACUGAAGCUGACCCUCAGAAGAAGGCUAAAAAAAGAAAAUCGUGUCCCGAAAAUUGGCGAAAGAAUAUUUUAAAACGGCUAAGGAAUUCAGGAAAGUCGUAUGUUUCUUGUGGCAAGAAACAUCAACAGGUCGCAGAACGAAAAAAAGGCCCACCUUGUAACGACACUAAGUGCAGAUUAAAAUGUAGCUUAAAGAUUCUGGGCGACAUACGAGAAGCUAUUUUCACAGAUUACUGGAAUCUAGGUGACUUAGAAAAACAGCGAUGCUUUUUGAUGGCAAAUAUGGAACAAAUAAAUCCCAAAUACCGAUACGUCAGGGAUGGAAGUUAUCGCAAACCUAACCAUGCUUUUUAUUUUACAGUUGGCGGCAAAAAACACCGCGUCUGCAAACUGUUUUUUAGGACAACGUGA